CCAGGAACCACAUCCGAGCCGAGGACGGUACUUCUCAAUUGAAAAAUCUCCUCUUUCAACACAUCCAUAAUUGCUUCAAAACAUCUUCACCCUCAACUUUGUGAAUGUCCCUCUCGACCAGACUCGCUUCUCGUCUCUCCGCCUCCACUCGCCGCAUCACCGCCGUCUCCUCCCACCUCUCCGCCUCGCCAAUCUCCAAUUCCAACAUCAGAACCAUGGCCUCCGUCCCGAAAAACUAUGAAGGGCGUGAUCAUUGAGAAGAAUGGCGGCCCGGAAGUCCUCCAAUACAAGACCGAUGUCCCCGUCCCAGAAGUGAAGCAGAACCACAUCCUGGUGAAGAACGACUACAUCGGCAUCAACUUUAUCGACACCUACUUCCGCUCCGGCCUCUACCCCGUCCCCCACUGGCCCUACACCCUCGGCCGCGAAGCAGCCGGCACAGUCGUAGCCAGCGGCGGCGGCGAAACGCACGGCAUGAAAGAAGGCGACCGCGUGCUCUGGAUGGCCGAAGCAGCCUACGCAGAGUACACCGCGGUUCCCGCCGCCAAAGCCGUCAAGCUGCCCGCCGACCUGUCCGAGAAGAUUGGCGCCGCGGCGCUGCUGCAGGGUCUCACGGCGCUGACGCUCAUUCGGGAAUCGCACCGUGUUAACAAGGGCGAUUGGGUGCUUGUGCAUGCUGCUGCGGGCGGGGUGGGACUUUGGCUGUGCCAGUUGCUGAAGGCUGUUGGCGCUAAUACUAUUGGGACGGCGUCGACGCAGGAGAAGAUUGAUCUCGCGACGAAGUAUGGGGCUACGCAUAUGAUUAAUUACAGCAAGGAGGACGUCAAGACGAAGGUGAUGGAGUUGACGGGGGAUAAGGGUGUUGCCGUCGUGUACGAUGGCGUGGGCAAGGAUACCUUCGAUUUGUCGCUCGAGUGCGUGGCGCGCUUGGGGAGUAUGAUUUCUUUUGGCAAUGCGUCGGGUGCGCCGGCGCCGGUCACGUUGGCGAGGCUGUCGCCGAAGAAUGUGCGGUUGAUGCGGCCGACGCUGUUCAACUACCUCGUCACGCGGGAGGAGUUUGAGCAUUGGUCGAAUGAGCUGUUGGACGUCAUGGUGAAGCACAAGAUUGAUGUGCGGAUCCAUGAGGUGUAUCCAUUGAGCGACAUCAAGAGGGCGCAUGAGGAUUUGCAGGGCAGGAAAAGCACGGGUAAGUUGGUCUUGGACCCCACGAAAUAGAUAUAUAGCGUACAUCGGAAUGUACAUAUUCGUGCAACAU